GUUCCGAAAGCGGCGAUCGACAGUGUAUGUCUUCCGAUACCGAAUUCUGGCCGUCGAGUUUGCAAUACUGUUACGAGUGAAGCCGUUACCACCGGGGAAUCCCCGGAAGACCCGGAAGUGUCUUCUCGCCGGUCUCUCACAAUCGAUAAUGGCUGAAGAAUCGGAAGCAAAGCUCCGGGAGGGGGCAGCGAGCAAGAAGUCCGGAAUUGAUCAUGUCUACGAUCUCUCGAAAUGGAUCGGAUCCAUUAUGUCGGACAAGGAUUCCUCGGAUAUUACUCUCGUGGUUGAGGGCGAAGCUGUAUACGCUCACAAGAUCAUUCUCGCUGCAUCGUGUGAUUACUUCAGGGCACUCUUCCGUGGAGGAAUGAUGGAGUCGGACCAGGAAGAGGUCGAGCUGAAGGACGUCCCAGCCCGGGGGUUCAAAGCGGUGCUUAAGUACAUCUACACCGCACAGUUGGAAUUGAAAUCAAUGGAUGUUGAGACGAUUCUGGAAGUUCUUUCCGUGGCAGAUCUCUAUGGACUCGAGAAGAUGCGAACAUCACUCUGCGAGUAUCUCGAGGAAAUUAUGUCCGCUGACAAUGUCUUGCUAAUCUGCGAGUCAAUUGAGCCGCUCAGCCUCAAGCACUUGCAUGAAGUUUGUGUCCAUUUCAUGGAUCAAGUCCCACAGGCAGUUCUCGAGAGCGAGGCUUUCUGUACUUCUCGUGCGCGUACUUUGAGUCGAAUUCUAUCGCGUGAUUCUUUCUGCGCGGAGGAGAUCGACAUCUUCAGGGCUGUGACUCCUUGGUGCAAGAAAAAUCCUGACCCCGAAGACCAGGCCGAAGUGCUGGGUAUGCUUCGACUACCACUCAUCCCGACGAAAAGUCUUCUCACUGAGGUCAAGAGCUCGAGUCUGAUAACGACGGAUCGAUUGAUCGAAGCCAUCCAGAUGCGGGAGUGUCAUUCAGCAGAUCUGCCUGUCAGGGGCGUCCUAACACAAGGACAGAAUCUCGCCACCAAAGAAAACGGGGCGAAGAGGCUCGUUAUCGUAGAGGACGAUUCCGAAGUUAUCGCUUUCCCGGAGGCCAACCUGCGCUAUCACAGCGAAGAUAUGCCCGAAGAUGACUGCUCUAUUGAUCUGCCGGUCAAAGAGGCGUUCACAGUUGCGCUCAGCAAAGCCUUCUUCGUCGACUAUAUCUCGUUCCGAUUGCCUGAUGGACGCUCGGCGAGUUUCGGGUACCACGUCGAGGUCUCGGUCGACUUGAUGAAUUGGAUCCGUGUCUUCGAUCAACCCGAAUUAGUCUGUCGCUCUCUCCAAAGACUUCACUUCAAGCCGAGAAUCGUUCGUUUCAUUCGACUCCUCUGCCACGAGCUCCCGGGGAAACAAAUCGGUCAGAUGUGUGAAUUCGAAGCGUCUUAUACUGGGCAAGAUUGGAAUUUUCGCAAAGGGUACUACGCUCCUGCGGAGAAUGUCGCCACAAUGAGCUUGGGAGCUGCUGUCGUAGAAUGCUCUAGAGGCGUCGAUGAGAUGAUAGGUGGCAAGUCCAAAGACGAGCUCGCGGGAACAGGUCGGACCGAGCAUAAAAUAGGUGACGAUCCGAUCAUCGUUCAGUUGUCGCAGCCGUAUGCCGUGAAUUCCAUCAGUUUGGUCCUGCCACAAGAAGAUUCGCAUGAUUAUUCCUACUUCGUCGAAGUUUCUUCCGAUCGCAAGGAAUGGACUCGUGUGAUUGAUCGCUCCCAGGAUCGUUGUAAAUCCUCGCAGAGAUUGGAAUUCGCCACAGUUCCGGUCAGCUUUAUCAAAAUAUGUGGUACAGAAUCUUCUGGCAGUUCGGUUUUUUCCUGCAGCGAAUUUAAGUGCUGGGCUGAAAAGGAUGAGGCUAUCCAGAAGGAAACAGAACCGAGCAAUGGUCAGCCAACAGAAGCAAAGAUGGGAUCUCCGCCUCUCGCGUGAAGAUCGGCCGAACCUCCUUCGCAUAUCC